AUGCUUGUACGACCUGUUGAUCGAAUAGUCCCUCCCAUCAGCCGGCGGCAGCCGCAAAGGCGAAAGCAUUCACAUCCCCUUUCACCCCUAAAAUACUGCCUUCCGAUAACACCUCUUCCCCCUCACCCCCCUGCUCUCAUUCAACCCAACCCUACGUCAACAGGCAUGAUGCCCUCCUGCACCCACAAACACACCCGCACCCCCUGGCCCUCCACCGGCCCCGUCGUCAUCUGCCCCGGCGAGCGCACAUGCAGAUACUGCACCGGCGCCGAAGAACGCACAUUCGACCACAAGCUGGCACAUAAUCUGCGCAAGCACGUAUUUGAAGUACACACGGAUGGUGGGAGGCUGGAUUAUGCGGGGGUGGAGGUGAUGAUGUAUCGGUUUGUUCUGUCCCGUCCUUCUGGUGUUGAGUCGGGGGGUGAGUUUUGGGGGGUGAAGGUUGACGUCAGUAGACCGGCGUCGAAAGCGAGGGCUGGGCGCGCCGGUGUGAUGCAGGGUGAAGAUCUCCCUGAGGUUAACGAGCAGAGCGAGGAAGAGGCUACGGACGUUAAGCGCGAGGGCGAGGCAGCCGUCUCCAGCCCGGGUAAGCUGGUCAAUGGUAAGGCCGAAGGCAUUCGGGAGGGUGGGGAAAAGCCAGCCAAGGUAUCGAAGAUGAAGCUAAAAAGCUCUUGCCCAGCACCUAUUGAUACGGCGAAGGCGCAGUCGCCUCGGCUGCAACGAUCAGGAGGAGACGCAUGA